GUAUAUUUCUGUUGUACCACUGUAUGUCAGGUACAGUUCUGUUGUACCACUGUAUGUCAGGUAUGGUUCUGUUGUACCACUGUAUGUCAGGUAUAGUUCUGUUGUACCACUGUAUGUCAGGUACAGUUCUGUUGUACCACUGUAUGUCAGGUACAGUUCUGUUGUACCACU